CUCUGCUGUACUUGCGUGGCCAAGUGUUACGAGUAGCCCGUGAUCUGAAGAGUUUUUAAUGUCCUCUUUAAUGCUACAUUGAUAAUCUGAUAAUCGUAUGGUUAAUUAGGGACAUACUAACUUGUCCACGUUUACAACGUGCUUUUCAUUUUUGUGUGUUUGCAGUUGAAUGUCUUUAGGCAAGAGUUUGCAUUGAGUAAGAUGGCCUUUAAAAACAACGAAAGUGGUUUCAGCUUUGGACAGUUCAGCUUUGGACAAUAUCCCGGCCUGUCUCAAGACAGCAACAAAGAUGUUACAGAGGAUAAGGUAGAGGACCCCAGUAUGGGAGCGUCUGUCACGAGUAAAGAUGGCAAAGAGGAGACCAAGCUCUUUAGGACAAGCAAAUGCACCGUUUCCAAAGGAGAAAAGAGAGAGAAUCUCUUAUUUGGAGGUUUGAUGUCCACUACAUUCCAGUCGCCUUGGCGAAACAUAACCUGGUCUCAGCAAGCUAAAGAGGCACUGAUGGACAUGGUCAGAUCUUUCAAGCCAUCUGUCAAGUCUGUCUCCGAGGCCCGGGUUCUGCUUUUGGGUCCAGUUGGUGCAGGCAAGUCCAGCUUCAUCAGUUCGGUGCAGUCAGUGUUUUCUGGUCGGGUUCUGAAUCGAGCCAUGGUGGGCUCAUCCACUUUCACAAGCUUCACAAAAAAGCUCCAGUCCUUCAACAUCAGAUACAGUCGUGAGGCAGCGACCAGCUCCUCAGGUCUGGUCUUGUGUGAUGUAAUGGGUAUUGGAGAUGGAGAUAUCACUGGACUGACCCUUCAUGAUGUCCAGUGCAUCAUUAAAGGACAUGUACCAGACGGACAUCGGUUUAAUCCAGAAGAACCUAUUGGUUCCGAGACUGCAGGAUUCAUAAAAAAGCCCAGCCUCAAAGAGCAGAUUCACUGCGUGGUGUUUGUGAUUGAUGCCUCAAAGCUCAACAGUUACCCCAAAGGAGUGAGCAGAGCAUUCCAGCAGUUAAGAGAUCUCAUUAGCACUCUGGGUGUGCACCAAGUGGCAUUGCUAACUCAUGUAGAUGAAGUAUGCAAGGAGACUGCUCAAGACGUCACCCAAGUGUACAAGAGCCAGAUUGUUCAGCAGCUGAUGGUGAAGGCUGGAGCACUGUUGGGAAUGGCCAUGUCUUAUAUUGUACCAGUGAAAAACUACUCCUCACAACUUGAUCUUGAUGAACACACUGAUAUCUUGCUGCUGAAAGCUGUGGACCACAUCUUGCAAUAUGCAGGUCUAUACUUCCAGGACAAUGCUGAACAAAAUAAGUUUAAUUUAGGGUUAUAAGUAUAUACAGAUGGGUAACAAUUAAAGAGAAAAUGCAAAAUAAAUGCAUGAAGUGCAGAUGUAUAUGAGUAUAAAGAAAUUUCAGUAAAUGACAGUAAAUUAUGUUUUAGAUAAUAUUCUGUGUAUAUUAAGUAACUGGGUAAUAUUUCCAUACAAGUUAUUUUCUUCAUGGAAAGCUUUUCAGUUUGGGUAAUAAUAUUUCCAUAACAAAUCAUUUUCUUCGUAGAAAGCUUUUCAGUUUAGAAAACGUUCUGCGUUGGCCGGGAAUCGAACCCGGGUCAACUGCUUGGAAGGCAGCUAUGCUAACCACUAUACCACCAACGCUGAUGCGAGGGUUCCUUGUACGGUUUCCUUUUAAUCCUAAUUUCCUAAUGUGUGUGGCUAUAUGAUCAAUUUUAAAAGAAUAAAAAAGUCGAAUGAA